AUGGUCAAACGAAAAUUAGCUGCUUUAGAGAAAGUUGACGCGGAUCUCACGAACCUUCAAUUCAAGAUUAGACGAGACCCAAAAUCAUAUGAAGGAGAAUUUGCGGACCAAUAUGGAUUAUACCAAAGCCAAAAAGAGAUCUUCCAACAGGCUCCUGCUGCUGCGAAUGAUACGAGUGUCACCUCGCUGAAAGACUUGAUUGAUUUUGUUACCCAUGUUGCCGAUUGCUAUCCCAAACAAACUAGAGAUUUCCCACAAGAUCUUCUCGAUAUCCUGAGGCAACAUCACAACGACCUAGAUGGCGAGCUCCGUGAAAAGAUUGCAGGAAGCCUAGUCCUACUCAGGAGAAAGGAUAUCAUAGAUUCUUCUAGGCUGCUGGAUACGCUAUUUCCAAUCCUUGUCUCGACGCGCAGCAAGUCACUACGUGCUUUUCUUUUCCAAAAAAUCAUCUCAGACCUUCGAACAUCUAACGCUAACUCUACGAAUCAUCGGCUCAAUCGAUCUGUUCAAAAAACUCUGCACGAGCUGCUGGCGAGUGAUCGAGCCUCGCGAAAGGGUCUAUGGGCUGUCAGAAUCACGAGGGAAUUAUGGAGGCGCCAAUUAUGGACAGAUGCAAAGGCCGUUGAAAUUAUGAAAGAAGCUGCUUUGGCUGACAAUGGAAAAUUAAUCGUAGGAGGCGUUAGCUUUUUCCUUGGUGGAGACCAAGAAAGGGAAGAGCUUCAGGAUGAAAGCAGUGAUGAGGAAGCUGUAGAUAUGGGAAAGAUCAAACAUCAAAUGGCCACAAACAAAAAGAACAAGAAAAACAAGAAAAUGAUGGAUCAAGCAGUCGCUACAGUCAAGAGAAAGGAACGCAAGAAGAGGCAGCCCCAUCCAUUGAAUUUCUCCGCCUUACACCUGUUGCAUGAUGCCCAGAGCUUCGCCGAAGACCUUUUUCAAAAGCAUGUUCAGAGCAACAAAUCAAGACUAAGCUUCGAGCAGAAGCUUCUUGUGCUGCAACUUAUCUCUCGCUUGGUCGGGUUACAUCAACUCACCCUCAUGAACCUCUAUUCCUGGUUUCUUAAGUAUCUCACGCCACGGCAGCAGUCUGUGACAUCUCUUUUGGCUUCUCUUGCCCAAGCUACGCAUAGUCUAGUCCCGCCAGAUGUCCUUGAGCCUUUGAUCCAGAAGAUAGCCAAUGAAUUUGUUUCAGAAGCAGCAGCAGGUGAGAUUGCUUCCGCUGGGUUGAACGCUAUUCGCGAGAUAUGUGUGAGGCAACCACAGGCGAUGAACGAAACAUUGCUUCAAGAUCUUGUAAUGUAUCGGAAAAGCAAAGACAAAGGUGUCAUGAUGGCUGCUAAGGGACUCUUAAGUCUCUACCGAGAAGUCGGUGCUGACAUGCUAAAGAAGAGAGAUCGUGGUAAAGGAGCUACAAUGGAUCUGAAAUCCGGCGAGCGAAGAGAACAGCGGUUUGGCGAGCAACCAGUAGGCGAGAUCGAGGGUCUUGAGCUGCUUCAAAAGUGGAAAACGGAAGAGCAGGAACGCUGGCGAGCAGAGAAAGGGUUACCAUUGCUAGAUCGCUCACAGGAUGUAAAUGACGAAGAGCAAGAAUACGACACUGACGAAUGGGAGGUUGAGGGAGACAAUAGCGAUGACUCGGGGGGCUGGAUCAACGUCGAAAGUGACAAAGAUAUCGAGCUGACCGAUUCUGAUGACGAGACACCAGCGGUAAAGAAAGCCAAACUUGAUCGAAGUGGCGAAGCAGAAGACGAGGACAAAGAAAACAGAGAUGUCAAAAGUCAAGAUGCAAUUGAACAAAUCUCGAAUCUAGCUACAAGUCGGAUACUCACGCCUGCGGAUCUUGCUAAACUCAAGGAACUUCGACUAUCGGCCAGCAUCAAUCAGCAUUUACCAAAAGCGCAACGAAAGCGUGCAGCCCAAGUUGCUGCCGCUCUCCAGGCACGACACGCGGACGAUGCUCUUACCGCCGCCGAGAUUGAAGGUCUUGCCUCGCUGUCUGCUAAGACUUCUAAGGCUGAGAAGAUUUCGAAGGCCAAAGAAGGCCAGGAUGACCGAAAGGAGCAUAAAAGUACCCAAGCGCUCAGAAAGCAGAAAAAGGAAGCCGAAGGUAAAAGUACCACGAAUAAAGAAAAGGCCAGGAAGAAGAACUUCCUCAUGACACUGGGAAAGGGAAAGGCUAAGAACAAACGGAGUUUAAUGGACCAGAGAAAAGUGCUGCGAGCGCAUGUCGAGCGUGGCAAAAAGGGCGGGCGACGAGGCAAUCGUGGGAUAUGA